ACAAACUCAAAACACAAAUACCGAAGAUAUUAAAAAUUCAUUAAUGUCAAGAUGGCGCCAUCCAACAUUAACCAUUCAUAAAAUAGAUGUUAGCGGGCCAAACAAUGUGACAGUAAUUCCAAGGUCCGCUAAAGCAGCUGUUAGUAUGAGAAUUGUGCCAGAUCAAGAUUUAGAAGAGAUUGCUGCAAAUUUUGUGGAGUAUGUUGAAUUAGUAUUUGGAGACUUAAAGACGGACAACACUAUUAAAAUUACAAUAAAUAGUCUAGCAGAUUGGUGGUUAGGAGAUCCUGAAAACCGAUUUUUUAAAGCUGCUGAAGAAACCGUUAGACAG